UCAAUCUUUUACUAUAUAAGGACAUCACAUUCUCCCAAGUUUUAGCAGCUCUCUGAGCGAGGACCUAUGAGAGAGGAAGACAUUUCUGAGACUGAAGAGUUCAUCGCCAAAGAAACCACGAUACAGCCACUGUUGCUCCUCCAGCCAAGAAGAUGCUUCCCCACAGCAGCAUUCUCUUGCUCUGCAUCUUGACAUCUCUGUCUCCUCCGAUUAGGGCCUCUCUCAAUCUGUCUCUGCCCCUUCAGCACCCCAAUCCUGAAGCUGUGGUUCAAGAAGUCCAGAGGAGGCUGAAUGUGUCCAUAUCCAGAAGACAAACGCUGGAAACCAUCGCCAAUGUCUCGUCGGAGAGCCGCCUCUCGUGCCUCACCGGCAACCCCGUCGACGACUGCUGGCGGUGCGACCCAAACUGGGCCAACAACCGCCAGCGCCUGGCGGAUUGCGGCAUCGGGUUCGGCCACGCGGCGGCCGGCGGCAAGGGCGGCGAGAUCUACGUCGUCACCGACUCGUCGGACCACGACGCCGCAGAGCCAAAGCCGGGCACGCUCAGGCACGCGGUGAUCCAGACGCAGCCGCUCUGGAUCGUGUUCGCCUCCAGCAUGGUGAUCAACCUGAAGUACGAGCUCAUCGUCAACAGCUUCAAGACCAUUGACGGCCGCGGCGCCGUCGUGCGUAUCACCGGCGGCGGGUGCAUUACGCUCCAGUACGUGAACCACAUCAUCAUCCACAACAUCGAGGUCAGCCACUGCGUUCCCACCGGCCACACAAAUAUACGCUCCAGCCCAACCCACGUCGGCUUUCGUGGCAAAUCCGACGGUGAUGGAAUUUCCAUCUUCAGCUCAAGCAACAUCUGGAUCGACCACUGCUCACUGUCGUACUGCUCCGACGGCCUGAUCGACGCGAUCAUGGGAUCCACCGGAAUCACCAUCUCCAACAACUACUUCUCCCAUCACAACGAGGUCAUGCUCCUUGGCCACAACGACAAGUACCUCCCGGAUUCCGGCAUGCAGGUCACCAUAGCCUUCAAUCUCUUCGGCCAAGGCCUGGUCCAGCGUAUGCCCCGCUGCCGACUCGGCUACGUCCAUGUCGUCAACAACGACUUCGCCGAAUGGAAGAUGUACGCCAUCGGCGGCAGCGCCAACCCUACGAUCAACAGCCAGGGUAAUCGCUACACCGCCCCCACGGAUCCCAGCGCCAAGGAGGUGACGAAGAGGGAGGAUACGGACGAGAGCGAGUGGGCGAACUGGAACUGGAGAUCGGAGGGAGACGUGAUGGUGAACGGAGCGUUCUUUGUGCCGUCCGGAGCGGGGCUGAGCGCGCAGUACUCUAAGGCUUCCAGCGUCGACCCCAAGUCCGCCGGCCUCAUCGACCAGCUCACCAUCAACGCCGGUGUCUUCGGCGGUACCAGAUGCAGCUGGGGCUGUGGCUGGCAUUUGUUGUUGGUGGUGGAUAAUGAAGGGAGACCCCAAAGCCCAAGUCAUUUACAGUUAUAUUCUCUGCCAAAUUGCGAAUCUGCCCUCCGGCCGAUAUUGGUGGAGCCCAUGCAAUAAUUUAAAGUCAGGUCUAGGCCCACAUCUGAUUUUACUCGACUUGGACAACUGGCUAAACCCGUGUUGGAAAAGAUUCUCUCCAUUACUCUCUUUCUGGCCCCAUAUCUGCUGUUUUUUUGUAGAACUACCAUUCAGACCUUCGGUAAUCUUUGAUCCAUUUGAACCAUUUAUAGGUUUUGUCGUUGAACUUGAACCUGCUUUGUAGGUGGGUGCUUUUUCCAUUUUUUUCUUUUUUGUUCUCUUUCCUACUUUUCGUUUGCCCUUUCAUUUACCACCCCCCCCCCCCCAGUAAAUAUCUUUGGUCCAUUUAGCUUUUCUUAAGCUUAUUUAUAAAAGAAAAAAAAUUGCAAACGAAAACUCCAACUGGAUUUGUUCUCAAAAUAACACUCCCCUUUCACAUCAAAACCAUGUCAAGCACACCAGAAAAGAUCUGAAGAAAACACUUUCUGCCAAACAAAAACCACUAGAGCAAUUUUUUCAUUUUGGACAAAAACCACAAUUGCAGUUCGGGGGGAGAUACUAACACAUUCAAAAGUGUUGUUAACACCGAGUAUAUGUGAAAAGACACAAAUACCCUUAAAAAAAUCUACAAUACAAAAUAAUUAUCAUUUUUUAUGGGUACUUGUGCCUUUUUACUUAUUUUUGGUGUGUUAGCAUCACUCUUGGGCAUAUGUUAAUAUUGUGAUUUUUGGUUUUUGCCUAAAGUCAAGAAUUGCAGAAAUCACAGCCUUUGGGCAAAAACCAGCUUUGUUUUAAUUCAUUAGAUGUUCAUACCAACAGAAAGAAUAUAGUGUUGGUUCGUUAGACGUUGUCUGGGAAGAAAAUGUUAUGAUACCGCGCGAAAGGUUUUUUAGUUGGAGAUGACUUCUUAUUAUUUCAUAAUGAAAUCUGUGAGCCUCCGUUCUCACUUUCCUUUUUUCCUCUCCUUAAUGAUUUCAAAGUUCCACACAAGACUAAGCUCUGCCUUCUAGAGGUCAUCUAAGUUAUCAAGAGUAUGGUAGAGAAGAAGGACCAAGGUUUGUUCGUAGAUAAUAUGGAAGGGAGGGGACGUUCUUAAGAAUUAGUUUAGAAGUGAUAUUAAUUCUGUCCUUUUAGUUUGUUGAAAAUCUGGAUGAUUUCAAGUAUUGGCAACUCUACAUCUUAGGGGGGGCUGCAAACAAAAAAUAAUGUAACCUCAUUGUAAUAUUAUCAUGCUUCCCGUUUGUUGCCUAGGUCCAUAGGAACAGUUUAGAGAAAUUUAUUGCUCAUGUUCCUCCUCCUUAUCUUAUUAUUUUCCUCCCUUUUUCUUUCCCGUGUCAGUAUCUGUCUGGCCGUGAAGCUUUUCAAAAGUUUCUAACUGUUUAUGCAGCAAUUUAUUACUAUUGCACCGAUCAUUUCAGUUGGAAAGUUCUGUAGCAAAUCUCAUAAUUGAAAUUGGAAAUGUGACCGUUCUUAGAUUUGGCUCUCCUCCUCACAAGAGCCGAUCUUUGGUCGUCUUCUCCAGCGUUUAUUCUUGCCUCUAUCGGUCUUUUCCUGUAAGCUCCCAUAACUAAAUGGGAUACUCCAUUUGAUGCCUUGUCCUGUGGCUAAGAGGCCAUUUCACAUGUAGGAAACACCUUUUGUUUACUGAUAUCAACUUCCAAGAUUAUGUGGUUUCCUAUUGUUUACUGAUAUCAACUUCCAAGAUUAUGUGGAAGUUGUUACCACCUUAUCAGUAUUAUAAUGAAGACGAGGGCCUUUUUCUUUUCCCCGACCCAACUUCCUCAUUGGAUCACUUUGGAUCAUCCCUGAAAAGAUUCUGUAAGGCUGUGCCAUGCCAGCAUGUAAGGAAGGCCUAAAGACCUGUUCUAGUAUAGUUCUUUUCUGUAUUUUCCCUUUGCCAUCUUCACAACUGAAAACAAUGAGAACUUAAAAUUGUGGUGUUUCUAGAUGAAUUUUUUAGAAAUAGUUUUUUAAAUCAACUAGCUGAAGAGGUACCCAAAAAAUAAACUUGGACAUGGAAUAGAUGGCUCAAAUUUAUGCAGUGGACUCAAAUCUAAUGAGAAAGGCUUGUGAUUAUGAUAACAAAAUGGGCCCUUAUUUUGCUUAGUCACAACUGGAUGGAACACGGAAUUAUUGCACCCCAAUUAAAGAGAAACAUCCUAAUGGGGAUAGGCGGAUAGCGUGUGAAGAAGAGCAUCUUUUGAGAAAGGAUUAUUCUGGCAUACCGACGAAUUGUUGUAUUAUUGAACGAAGUUGGCCCCAUUUGCACCACCGCCUCUUCAUACCCUCUCUUUUUUUUUUUUUUUUUUAAUCUUCCGG